GAAACAAAACAUUUUUAAUAAAUAAUAUAAUAUUAUUGUUUUAAUAAACAAUUAUCAGUACAAAACCGAAAAUGGAAACAAACGAUUUAUCACAACUCUCAGAGGAAUUAAUACAGCGAUUGGGAAGUGGUGGUGAUUUAGAGGGGAUGAUGGCCAAUGAGCUGUUUCAGCAAAGCGAUUUGUAUAUGUCCCAUCAGGAUGAUAGCAAUUCCAAUGCGGGUUCAGACAAUGAGAUUAUCAUGCAUAUGGAUAUCAGGGAGCCACUGAGAACGCUACAAAAACUGCUGGAAAAGAAAGUUGGCCUUAGCCUGCAAGGCUAUGAAUUUUGGCUACAAGAUGCCCAAGAGUUGGAACCCCACAAAAACCUUGUCGAUCAAUGUGUCAAAGGAGAAGGUUUGGUACAGAUUAAUGUUGAAAUCAAAUACAUUGUUAAACGCAUCAACAUAUUGGAUGUUUUAAAACCCACCGAGGAUGCAUUAGCUGCCCUUGCCGCUGAGGAAGCAUUUAAAAGUGACGUCUCCACCGAUGAUGAAGCACCCUUGCGCACCAGUGAAUCCCAUGACGACACUGAGGAGGAAACAAAGCCGAAGAAAAUUAAACGUGAACUUACAGAGCUAAAUGAGUCGGCAGUAUCGAAAUUGAAGGAUAAACCGUGUCUUAACUGGGUGUUAGAUAGCAAAUUUCGCCGUGAACAGACGCGACUUAAAAUACCAGAUGAUCCGAAUGAAUGGACAGUGCCUCAAGUGAAAUACUGGUUCCAAUGGGCAAUGCGAGAAUUUCAAUUGGCCGAUGCCCAUAUCAGCGAUUGGUCAAUUUCUGGUCGACAAUUGUGUUCACUGUCACAUGAAGAAUUUCGCAAGAAGAUACCCACAGAUCCGGGCAAUGUCUUUUGGACACAUAUACAAUUGCUCAAGGAAUGUAAAUUUGUAUCCGUGGUACAUAAGGCAGCUGAGACAGCACUGGCUGCACCUGAACCCCGGCAGUCCAACAGUGCCGUCUUGCCAACAACACUAACCAGGGAGCCGAAAAUUAUGCGCAAAACAUUCCAUACUUUGAAAAAGGAAACAGCUGCUUUGAGCGAACUAAAUAUUGCCCCCAAUAGUCUGGUAGCUACUGGCCUCGUUCACACUUCAUAUGGCGUAGGAACGGGCAAUAAUGGCCAAGUACAAUUAUGGCAGUUCCUUUUAGAAAUACUAACCGAUCGUGAACAUGUCGAUAUCAUUCAAUGGGUUGGCAAUGAUGGUGAAUUUAAACUAACCGAUCCCGAAAAAGUUGCCCGUCUGUGGGGCGAAAAGAAAAACAAACCAGCAAUGAAUUAUGAAAAACUGUCACGAGCCUUACGUUAUUACUAUGAUGGAGAUAUGAUAUCCAAGGUGUCGGGUAAACGUUUUGCCUAUAAAUUCGACUGUGACCUGAAGCUACUUAUUGGCUAUUCAGCGGCAGAGUUAUCGGCAUUGGUCAAUGAAAAGUCGUUUGUGGAUGAAUCUGUUUAUCUGGAGAAAAUGGACACAAAAACCGACGAAGAAUGACCAUGGGUCAAGGUGAAAGAAGAACCAUUGUUCACGCUGCUGGAGGAGCACAUUAUUGAGGAUUGUCCGGAUAUACAAUCCGAUUAACAUUUAUUUUUCUUUUGUCUACAUUAAUUCUAAUUGUGUUUAAUUAAAAAAAUAAUCAUUGAGUAUAUAUUUUUAUUUCAUUUUGUCAUUUUGAAACAUUUUGUUAAUUACUUACACCACAUACUAUUGUUUAACUCUUUAUUUUUUCUUAAGUUUAGUUUUAAGUUCUUUUUUCAUUAUUAAUUCAUUGAAAUUGUGCAACCAUUUUGUUAUAUCGCUUUUAGUUUCACAUACAAACAAACUAUGUGUAUACAAACAAAUUGAAGGAAACAAAAAAAAAAGAAAGCUAACUAAUAUUGUUAAGAAUUGAAUAUUGUUGUAACAACAAAUGCGAUUUGUUAUUAAAUCGAAAGGUUUUUUAAGGAAUAAAUAUUUUUCUAUAUAAAAAAGUAAA